AUGGCGGCGAGCAAAAGCACGAACACGUACAACCGGCAAAACUGGGAAGAAGCGGACUUUCCGAUUCUUUGCCAGACAUGUCUCGGAGACAACCCGUACAUCCGCAUGACCAAAGAGAAGUUUGGAAGGGAAUGUAAGAUUUGCGAUCGUCCCUUCACCAUCUUCCGUUGGUGUCCCGGUGCCCGCAUGCGAUUCAAGAAGACAGAAGUGUGUCAAACAUGUAGCAAGAUCAAGAAUGUCUGUCAAACAUGCCUCCUGGAUCUGGAGUAUGGAUUGCCUAUACAAGUAAGAGACGCUGCACUGAACAUCAAAGAUGAAAUGCCCAAAUCGGAGGUGAACAAGGAGUACUACUCACAAAACAUUGAAAGACAGAUUGCAAACGUUGACGGCAUUGCAGCGCCUGGGGCCGUCGGUAAGUCACAGGCACCGAGUGACUUGCUGAUGAAGCUCGCUCGGACCACACCCUACUACAAGAGGAAUCGACCUCAUAUCUGCUCCUUUUGGGUCAAAGGGGAAUGCCGAAGAGGGGAGGAGUGCCCCUACAGACACGAGAGGCCAACCGACCCAGAUGAUCCCCUGGCCGAUCAAAACAUCAAGGACCGUUUCUACGGAGCUAAUGACCCGGUGGCCGAGAAGCUGAUGCGCCGUGCUGAUGCCAUGCCGAAGCUGGAACCACCAGACGAUAAGAACGUUACGACGUUGUACGUCGGCGGUCUGGGAGAUAAAGUCACCGAAGAAAAUCUCAGAAACCACUUCUACCAAUUUGGAGAGAUCCGCUCAAUCAACGUAGUCCAAAAGCAGCAGUGUGCCUUUGUGACGUUCACAGCCCGCUCUUCAGCAGAGCAAGCAGCCGACUUGUCCUUUCAGAAACUCAUCCUCAAAGGUCGGAGGUUAAAUGUCAAGUGGGGCAAGUCACAAGGUCAGCAGGGCACCGUGGCUAAGAUGCCACUGAAGGGCAUGGCAGAGCAGCAUUACGAGCCUGUACCAGGACUGCCUGGGGCUUUACCAUUGCCGCCCGUCCCAGCCGACGGAUCAUCAAGCAACAACUUCUUCAACCUUGAAGAGGAUACACACCAGUUGCCCCCGUUGCCGCAUGGACCACCAGGUGCCAUGGGACCCCCAGGUGCCAUGGGACCCCCGGGUGGUGGUAUGCCUAGAGGGCCACCAGGUAGAAUGCCUAGGGGUCCACCGCCCCAUAUGAUGCGCCACCAGCAACCGCCCCCUCCAGGAGCAUUUGGGUUUGCACCUCCGCCACCCUUCCCACCACCACCGGGAUUCCACGGCAGACCUCCCUUCCACCCCGGCGCCCGCCCUCCACCUCCAGGGGGACGCCCUCCACCCCCGGGCAUGAGGCCCCCGGGCAUGAGGCCCCCUCCACCAGCAGGCAGACCGCCUCCACCAGCCGGUCGACCCCCUAUGGGCAACAGACCUCAGGGACAAGGGGUACAUUAUCCUUCACAGGAUCCACAGCGCAUGGGCACAGCAGGCCCUGAUACAGCUGCCAAGGAAUAGUUUUAAAACAAUCGGUGAAUCUUGGGGCCAUGUCACUCGAGGCAUUGCAACGCGAGAGGGCAACCGGGGCCAAAUUUCAUGCUUCUGCUAUUAAACCAUAAGCAAUGAAUCGGCGCUUACGUCAAGCGUUUAUUACUAGUCGGCAGGGAAUUGUUACUUGUGCGUACUCCAAGUUACUAAGGCAUUCUUCACUUACACAGCUAGCGACAAAUGGUAUCGGCGGUUAGCAGAGCCAUGAAAUUGGGCACAGGUUAAGGCAACCACAAAGAAGAAAAGGCAUUCACAUCCGACUGUUCACAUAUUUUUCUAUGUGGCUGCAAGACAUUGGGACGUAAUUUAGUGGGGCUAUUACAUGUAUUCAAUUGAGCAUUUUUUUAAACCUCAUUUGGGUUGGGGGCAAGGGGGGGGGGGGCAAAGUAAUUUUUAAGAGAAUCACUGCAAGUACCCUGUCGAGUUUAAUGACACAACCCACGAUAUUCAUCGAGUAGUCUUUAAAAGCUGGAGUAAUUUUUAAUUUUCGUUUAAAUUUUGUUUAAAUUUUUAAAAGAAUUGGAGAGUAUUAACUAGACACAGUCACUGAAAUCCAGUUUGUAAUGUCUUUGAUAUAUUAACUCCCGUCUUUAUCUGUCCUCAUGUCAAUUUAAACUUUUUAAUCUUUGUUGAAUUCCAGAGAAAUCAACUUUCUGAGUACUGGCAUACCUGUACUCAUUGUCAUUUCAAGUAUAUUUUUUUGAUAUUUGAAAAUAAAGAUGUAAUUAAACGGUUUUCGACCACUACGAUUAAUUUCACAUGUUAA